AUGAAGAUCAAAAGCAACCUGGAAUAUCUGCUCGUGGAGGAGGAUCACGUCAGGAAUCACGUCAAACUACUCUCAAUGCAGCUGGCUAUGAAGGCACUUUUAGGUAUAUUCGAUACGUUUGACAUUGCGAAGCAACCGGCGUGCAAGCACAAAUUUCAUUUGGACGAAUACAAAGUCGAAAAAUACAUGUCAAUGGACAGAGCAGCAUUCGCAUCGCUUUCCAUAUUGCCCAGCAAUUCUAAUUAUAUGGGCGAAUCAAACACCACAACGUUGUUCGGAUUACUAAACAAAUGCAGGACGAUCAUUGGAACUCGGAGGCUGAGGAUGUGGGUAUCCCAACCCCUAACGGAUGCGCAAGAAAUUCGCAAAAGGCACGACUGUGUCGAGGCCUUCAAGGCUAACUUGUAUAAAACAAUACAGGCUGAAUGCUUGCGGAAAGUACCCGACCUCGAUGCAAUCGUUAUGAAGCUCAGGGCAAUAGACAGCGGUGGCGAUGCCGAUGGUAAAAUCAGGAGCACAAUCACAUUUGAAAACCUUGUGCGUCUUUAUGACUGUGUCAUUGCUGUGAACAGGAUGGUGCAAUUUGUGCUUGUUCCUUAUGACGGAAUACACUCCGAGACUAUUAAACAUAUGUUUACCGAACCGUUGUUGAAUAUAUCGUCGCUAUUCGAAACAUAUUUACGAUUGGUGGAAAAGACGGUCGACCUGAAGGAAGCCGAAAAGAGAAAUUACGUCAUCAACCGCAACUUCGAUAAUAAGCUAGUGCAAAUCGGUGGGAAGGUAGACAAAAUAAGGGCUGAUAUGGAGGCUCUAAGGGAAUCAUUUGAGGAUGAAAUUUUCUACCGUUCUAACAAAGGCCGGAAGGGGAAUAACCUCAAACUGGUGGAGUGCAGCAACAUGGGGUACCUCUUUAGGGUCUCCAAAAAAGACCAAACACUUCUUCAGGAGUCUGAACGCCUAAGUGGGUCAAUAGAAAAGGUCAGGCUGAAUAAAAACGAAUUCCUUUUCACCACACCACAUCUCCGUCAACUGUGCACAAAAUUUAACAACGCACACAACGACUAUGAAAACGCUCAAGCGGCCUUGGUGAAUAAGGCAUUUAAGGUCGCAGCUACGUAUUGGAUCCUGGUUGAACGGUUUGCAGAUGUGAUUGCAACCAUGGAUAUUCUAGCGGGGUUCGCUGAAGUAGCUGCGACUUUGAAUUAUGUCAGACCCGAGAUAGAUAUGGAAAAUGUCGAGAUUAACCUUGUUGCAGCGCGGCACCCGCUCGUAGAGUGUGGACUUUCAACACGGGUCUUUGUGCCCAACGAUCUCGUCAUGAAAAGAGACACGUCCAGGGUCCACAUUACCACUGGGCCCAACAUGGGUGGCAAGUCCACAUAUAUAAGACAGGUUGGGGUCAUAGCUGUCAUGAAUCAAAUCGGCUCUUUUGUACCGUGCACCAAAGCAAAGCUGCCGAUAUUCAAACACGUCCUCUGCAGAGUUGGGGCAUCCGACAUUCAGUUACGGGGGGUUUCAACCUUUCUAGCCGAAAUGGUAGAGGCGGCUGCCAUUUUGAAAACAGCCGACGAGCACUCGUUGGCCAUUAUUGAUGAGUUGGGCAGAGGCACUUCGACGUAUGAUGGCUUCGGUCUAGCGUGGGCGAUCAUAGUAGACCUCAUCCAGGGAUCCAAGUGCUUCUGUUUGUGUGCUACGCACUUCCACGAAAUGGGCGACCUAGUAAAAGAGCACCAAGGUGUAAAGAACAAAUUCGUAAAUGCCAAGUACUUAGAAAACGUGAAGCAAAUGGUUUUUCUUUACGAAAUCAAUGACGGAAUAUGUACGGACUCAUGUAAUUUGAAGUUCACAUUAAUUAGGCAUCUAAUGCAGGUUAUCGCAAACGCGCAGAAGAAACUCAACGAACUCGAGGAAGUCAACAGGUCUGAAGACUGGGCUGCACUACAACCACUUUUGAGUUCGAAGUCAUUCGAUGAAUUCAAAAGUAAAUUGCAUGAUUUAUGCACUAGCAUGAAGCCAGACAUGUAA